AUGUCCGACCAAAAGAAGACUGUCAUCCUCCAGACUUCUGACGAUGAGCAAUUCACCGUGGAGAAGAUCGUUGCUGAAAGAUCAGCUAUGAUCAAAUCCAUGAUGGAAGACCUCGGUGAUCAGGAAGGAAUGCCUAUCCCUCUUCCAAACGUCUCCUCAUCAGUUCUCACCAAGAUCCUCGAGUACUGCGAUCAUCAUAAGAGUGAACCUCUUCCUGCUGCCGAGUCCAACGAUGCGGAUGAUUCAAGAAGAAAGACCAGUGAAAUCGGUGAAUGGGACGCUCGAUGGAUUCAAGUGGACCAAGAGAUGCUCUUUGAGAUCAUUCUCGCUGCGAACUAUCUUGAUAUCAAACCACUUCUCGAUGUCGGCUGUAAGACUGUUGCCAACAUGAUUAAAGGCAAAACCCCUGAGGAGAUCCGAAAACUUUUCAAUAUAACCAACGACUUCACUCCCGAGGAGGAAGAGCAAAUCCGAAAGGAAAACGAGUGGGCCGAAGAGUAG